AUGACCACAGCAACCGGCAAGAAGAAAGACCACGAAGACGUGCUUGCGCGACUGGUGCGUGACCUAGAGUCGGAGAAGACUCUGUGCCGUGUCAAGGACUACGCUGGCGUGUCCCUCGAGCAGCUCAACCAGCACGCGAAGAAGCACGGCCCGUUGGUCCAUCCAACACUUGGCGAGCAGCCCGGCUUCUUCGUCGACGAAGGCCGAUUUGUUCCAUUCCGGAUAGUGGUGUUCGGACGCAGCGUGAUCGGGCCAUACAUCUGCAAGGCGCUGCUGAAUUGGGCUGCGUGGAGUGGCCAUGGUGGAAGAGUGACAGAUGCGCAAGGCGAAUACGUGCUGGAUGGCACAACGCUCCGGGUCCCCGAUGUGGCGUAUGUGCCUCGAAAUGAUGCAAGGCAGCUGACCGAAACUCAACGAUGGACUCGUGGUGGAGAACCUUUUGCUCCGACGUUCGUGGUGGAGAUCGACACUCUCACUGAUCCACAUUCCAAGCUUGAUGCUCUCGAUCACAAGAUGCGGCGCGAGUACUUUCCUCACGGUGUGCAAUUGGGAUGGCUCAUUGAUCCAAAGAACAAAAUCAUGUACGAAUACAAGCGAUACGCCCAAGAAAAUUGUAUUGUUCGACGCAUUGGCAAUAGCGCGUGGAGAGAUCUUGAUGGCGGUACCGUUCUUCCUGGCUUCACUCUUCAUUGCGAAGAUUUGGACGGUGUGUUGGACCAGGAAUCCGGAUCGUCAUCCGAAGAAGAAGUUGAUCUCGUGUGCCCUGUUCCAGCGUGCGGGCUACGAUUGCGAUCGUAUGGUGAAUUUGCUGCUCAUGCUGAAUGGCACCGUGCUGAAAGUGCUAGAGCUCGACGUAGAGCAAACCGUGCGAACCAGUAA